CUCCAAAAUAAAAAUGAUGAAUACAAAAAUAUUACCCAAUCUGAACUCUGAAAGUAAACACUGUGUCACUGAAUAAAUGAACCUAUCAUUCAUCUCCAAAUCGAAAAAAAAGUAAAUAUUUAUUGAGAGUUUAACUCUAACCUGUUAUGAUCAAGAAAAUGACAGAAGCAGACGUAAAACAAGGCCUAAGAAUCGUUUUGAAAAAAAUUGAAGAUGCAUGCAGAAGAAGGAGCCCCGAAUUGCAAGCUCUAGAACCUCAAUUAGUAGCCGUGAGCAAAUUGAAACCAGUUGACCUCAUUGUUGCUGCCUACGAAGAGGGACAGCGGCAUUUUGGAGAAAAUUACGUACAAGAACUAGAAGAGAAGGCCAAUAACGAGGUUAUCUUGGAAAAAUGCAAAGAGAUAAGGUGGCACUUUAUUGGCCACCUUCAAAAAAAUAAAGUCAACAAAGUUUUGAGUGUUCCAAACAUACAUCUGGUGGAGACUGUGGAUUCUAAGAAAUUAGCAGAAACGUUGAACAAAAACUGGCCAAAAUUCGGGCCACCAGACUCCAAGUUGAAAAUAAUGAUACAAGUGAAUACCAGUGGGGAAGAAGAAAAAAGCGGAAUUGUUCCUGCAGAAGUCUGUACGGUGACGAACUACGUUUUGAACGAGUGUAGAAAUCUGCACUUGGAAGGUUUGAUGACCAUAGGAAAGUUCGGCUACAAUCCGGAAGAUGGCCCUAACCCCGACUUUGUGUGCUUGAAGCGCUGCAGAGACGAACUAUGUCAAAGUUUGAAUCUAGACUGGAAGAAUGUAGCUUUAUCUAUGGGGAUGUCUGAUGAUUUCGAGCACGCGAUUGAAUUGGGAAGCACCAACGUCAGAGUGGGAUCUUCUAUCUUUGGACACAGGCCACCGAAAACAUGAGAAGGUAUUUUACAAAUUUGAUGGCAACGAUAUUACCCCAAAAUGCUUUUCAAUCAUUUUGUUAUUAAUGCAUGUUCGUUUCAAAUAAAUGUAUGCUAAAAAU